CUUAUCCGCAAAACACUAGUGAUUCUAACAAGUACACCUUCCACAGCCCCCUUCCCUUUUCAUGACCAAAAACAAAACCCUAAAUUCAUUCACAAGAUUCAGAAAAUGUCGGUAGCUUCAAUCCAAUGCAUCAGAAUAUCGAAUUCGUCAUCAAACGCACAUACUUUUAGAUUCUCUACAACCAAGCCUACAAUAGUUACUAUACGCAGCGCUCAAGCCGAUGGCCCUUUGCGAAGACCUUCCAUUGCUACUCCGCCUGUAAGACCUUCCAUUCCUCCGUCUCCAUCUACGAAUCCACCACCGCCUCCGUCAGCUCCGGCGAAGCCUUUGGCGGAAACAGCGGCGGUUGGUCAGAAUGUAAUAACGAUGGAGUUUCAGAGGCAGAGGGCGAAAGAGCUUCAGGAGUAUUUUAAGCAGAAGAAGCUUGAAGAGGCUAAUCAAGGGCCUUUCUUCGGUUUUAUUGCUAAAAAUGAAAUUUCAAAUGGCAGAUGGGCGAUGUUUGGAUUUGCUGUGGGGAUGUUAACAGAAUAUGCAACUGGAUCGGACUUUGUUGAUCAAGUAAAGAUACUACUAUCCAACUUUGGCAUUGUAGAUUUGGAAUGAAAUAUAUACAUGUUUAUAUUUUUGUUGUAAUAUAUGUUAACUUUUUACAUUAUUGUUUCAUUAAAUUUUACAAGAUUGAAACAUUGAUUUUUCUUGUAAGUAAAUUGUGAUGGAAUGGAAGUCUAUAUAAAAAUUUUCAAUGUAAG